AUGAGAAAGGAGUUGAAAUGUAUAUUGUGGGCACACUUUGCCCUAGUGAUGUUUUUGGUCUAUUUGUCUUUCGAUCUCCUUUGUUUGAUUGUGGAUAACCCAAAUGCAGAUGCUUUGCUUGACGUUGAAUUAAACCCUGUUGACGGCAAACUAAAUCGUCCUUUGGUGAUUCCCAAAAUCAUCCACCAGACUUACAAGACUGAAGACAUCCCUGAACACUGGCAAGCAGGCCAGCAAGCUUGCAUCGACUUGCACCCGGACUACCAGUACAUUCUCUGGACCGACGAAAUGGCCAGAGACCUCAUUGCAGAGCAUUACCCUUGGUUUCUUGAUACUUGGGACUCGUACCCAUACCCGAUUCAAAGGGCUGAUGCCAUCAGAUAUUUUGCACUUGUCCACUACGGUGGUGUUUACAUUGAUUUGGAUGACGGCUGCAAGCGGAGAUUAGACCCUCUUCUUACCGUUCCUGCUUUUGUUCGUAUCACUGAUCCAACUGGUAUUUCAAACGAUGUGUUGGGUUCAGUGCCAAAGCAUCCAUUUUUCCUCAAGGCAGUGGACAACCUCAAGAAGUACAAGAGAAACUGGUUGGUUCCAUACAUCACCAUCAUGUUCUCUACCGGUCCCUUGUUCCUCUCCGUCAUGUUAAUCCAGUUCAAACGCAAGGGUAUCACCGAGGCUUGGAAGGUGAGAAUCCUUAUGCGCGAGGACUACAAGAAUAACGACUUGUCAUUCUUCACUAUUGCACCAGGAUCUUCGUGGCAUUUAGAUGAUGCCGCAUUGAUCAAGUCUUUGGCUAACCACAUUGGAAUGGCUGUUUUUGGUGGCUUUUUGCUUGCUGGAUUCGUUUUCUUGUUGGAGUGGUGGUUCUACCAAUGGUGCAUUCGCACAAACUUCAGCAAGAAAUUCAAACUGUUGGCAUCUAGGAUUCCUUGGAAGAGAAGAAACGAAAAGCGGAGAUUAAGAAAGGACUCCAACUUACCAGUCAAUAUCGACUUUGAAAAGGAGGAGAACUUGGUUUAG